AUGUUCGUCUCAAUCCUCUUCCUCCUCUCCAUCUUCCUCCUCCAACCAUUCCACUCUUCAGCUAUCCCAUUCUUUUCUAAACAAGAGGACAACUUCGCAAUAUAUCAGAAUAUCAACUAUACCGUAUCGAAUGAUGGCAAAGUACAGAGUCGACCUAAGAGGGUAGCGAUCGUGGGUGCCGGUGCAAGUGGGAGUGCGGCUGCGUUCUUUCUUAAACGGGCAGCUAGGAUUGUAGAGGCUAGAUUAGGGGUUGAGGAAGGUAGUAGGUUAGGCGAAAUUGUGGUUUUUGAGAAAGAGGGGUAUGUUGGUGGAAGAACAACGACAAUCCACCCUCAUAGCGAUCCACGACUACGUGCUCAAGAAUUGGGUGGAAGCAUCUUUGUAGAAUCUAAUCGGAAUAUGAUGAAGGGAGUAGACUACUUUAAUCUCACUCUGAUCAAUCCUGAUAUGGCUGAAUCAGGUAUAGGUAUAUGGGACGGGGAGAAAUUCCUCUUCGAGACAAGCGCCUCUUUUUGGAUAGACUCCGCCAAGGCUUUAUGGAGAUAUGGACCUUUAUCACCUUAUCGAACAAAGUCAGCCGUCGCCAAAUUAGUCAACAAUUUCCUUAAGCUGUAUGAUCCGUCUCAUCUAUCUCAGAGAGGACCAGUCGGAGGUAUAUCGGAACUCGCGGAAGAUUUGGGGUUGGGUAACGAGUAUACCACGAGGACGGGCGACGAUUGGGCAAAGAACGUAGUGGGUGUUAAUCGGAAAUGGUUAGGAGAGAUCUGGGAGGGAUCGACAAGAGUCAAUUACGCCUCUGAUAUGGAUCAUAUCCACGCGCUCGGAGCGGGCGUCUCAAUGGCUACUGGUGGAGCUUCACAGGUCGAGGGAGGUAAUUGGCAGAUCUUCAGAGGGAUGCUGGAUGAUAGUAAAGCCAAAGUACAUCUUGGUACAGAGGUAUCCGAAAUCAUUCCACUUGACUCAAAGGACUCCCCUCAAUUCAUCAUCCAAUCCAAUAAAACGCAACUUAACGAUGAUGAACCAUUCGAUGCUGUAUUCUUCGCUGCACCAUGGCACUCAUCGCCAAUCUCCAAGAAGCUAGCAGCGAAUUUCGUUUCCCCCAUUCCUCACCAGCCAUAUGUCCGACUACACGUUACGUACUUUACCACCACCCAACCUCAUCCGCUCCCAUCCUUCUUCGGUCUAUCCGAAGACAGCUAUAUACCGAAUGCAAUCUUGACUUCCGGACUGACUUCGAGAAUCCAGUCAAUCCCUCCACCGAGAUUCCAGUCGAUCUCAUGGCAUGGCGAAGUCUUACCUGGUUCAGGUGAAUAUGCGGUCAAGAUCUUCUCUCUUACCAGACUGAGCGAUCGGUUCAUUCAUAAAUUGAUUGGUGAAGAACCAGGUUGGCUAGUAAGGAAAGAAUGGGAUUCUUAUCCCAAACUUAAGACUACUUCUUCCUAUGCGCCUGUGGAACCUAUUAGGGGAUUACAUUAUCUUGCUGCUCAGGAGGCUUGGAUAUCUACGAUGGAAACUCAAACUGUAUCAGGGCGAGAAGCGGUAGCUCGAUUAGUGAGUGAAUGGUGGGGAUUAGGUCUAGGCGAAUGUGAGAAUGGCGAUAGUUGGGAUUGGACUUGCUCCAAUUGA